GUGUCUGUCUUCUGUAAAGGGGCAAUGAUGAUCAGCAGGACACUAAUGGGUCCUUACGGAAUAGACAGAACUGUGUACUGCAUUGAGUUCAAUGACUGCGCCAAUGGAUUGGGAAUCAAGGUCAUUGGAGGAUUGCGGGAAUUUAGCAGAGAAGAAUACGGAGUCUAUGUGAAAAGAAUUCUCCCUGGAGGCAUGGCCUAUUCUGACGGGCGGCUCCAGCCUGGAGAUCAAAUUCUGGAAGUGAAUGGAGAAAGUUUGCUGGGAGUGUCCAAUGAGAGAGCUGUAGACAUUUUGCGGGCUGCGUCGGCCACCAGCUACAUGAGACUCAUUAUUGCUCGGGAUGAUGAGGCG